UAAAGCCAAGAGACACCACACCACAUAUAAGUGGGCAUCUAAGAGACUUGCCGUGUACGAGGUAGGAAAACGAAGCUGCCGCCUUCCUCUGCGUAGUCAAGAAUUCCUUGGUCACAACAACUUACUAGAGACAUUACAAACUUCCAUCAGGACAGAUUCCAGAAGCCGAAAUGACUUCCGCCCGCUUGCCACAGGACUUCCUGUGGGGAUACGCAACUGCAAGCUAUCAAAUCGAAGGAGGCGCGCACGAGGAUGGACGAGGCGACUCAAUCUGGGAUAUCUUCGCGGGGCAACCAGGCAAGAUCGCGGACGGCUCGAAUGGUGACAUCGCGUGCGACUCUUACCACCGCUACAAGGAAGACGUUGCAUUGCUCAAGGAACUCGGCGCGAAAGCCUAUCGCUUCAGUGUUUCGUGGUCCAGGGUGAUCCCGUUGGGAGGACGCCAGGAUCCUGUGAAUCAAGCAGGUUUGCAAUACUACCUGAAUUUGGUUGAUGAGCUUCUGGCGAAUGGCAUCCAGCCUCUGGUCACGUUGUUCCAUUGGGAUCUGCCACAGGAGCUCUACACGCGGUAUGGUGGGUUUUUGAACAAGGAAGAGUAUGUCGCGGAUUUUGUCAACUACAGCCGCUUGAUGUUUUCCACAUUGGGGUCCAAAGUCAAGCUGUGGAUCACUUACAACGAACCCUGGUGUACUUCAAUUCUAGGCUAUGCCACAGGAUAUUUCGCGCCCGGGCACAAGUCAUCGACCGAGCCGUGGCUGGUUGGCCACAACAUCUUGCUUGCCCAUGCUGCCGCAGUGAAGGUGUACAGGGAAGAGUUUAAACCAACCCAGCAGGGUCAGAUAGGCAUAACCCUAAACGGCGACUGGGUUGAGCCAUGGGAUGCGAACGAGGCCCUGGACGUUGAGGCGUGCGAGCGCAAGCUGGAGUUCUCAAUUGCCUGGUUUGCCGAUCCAGUGUAUCACGGCGAUUACCCGGAAAGUAUGCGUCGCCAAUUGGGAGACAGACUCCCCACGUUCACUGAAGCCGAGCGGGCCAUCGUGCAGGGCUCAAAUGAUUUCUAUGGGAUGAAUCAUUAUACAGCGGACUACGUGAAGCAUCGCAAGGAUGCCCCAGCUGAAGACGACCACGGCGGAAACGUGGAGACGCUCAAGGAAAACAAAGCCGGCGAGUCGAUAGGCCCGGAGACGCAGUCGUUUUGGCUUCGGCCCCAUGCCGUGGGCUUCCGAAAGUUGAUCAAUUGGAUCUCGAAGCGCUAUUCUAGACCCACCAUAUAUGUGACUGAGAACGGCACAAGUCUGAAGGGCGAGAACGAUUUGCCCCUGGAGCAGUUACUUGACGACGAGUUUCGAGCGCAAUACUUCCGAGAUUAUAUUGGAGAGUUGGCAAAGGCGUACAGUGAGGACAACAUCGAUGUGAAGGGGUACAUGGCGUGGUCAUUGAUGGACAACUUUGAAUGGGCCGAAGGCUAUGAGACUAGAUUCGGGGUGACGUACGUUGACUAUGCCGGUGGUCAGAAGAGGAUGCCAAAGAAAAGCGCACGAGUCGUCGCGGAAGUCUUCUCGUCGCUGUGCGGGCCAAAAUAAGCGAAGAAGGGACGGCCAUGCCCGUGGCACUCUUUCCGGUAAUCUCUAGGCGGCGCAUAAUAUGGCUCAUUAUACAUCAUCAUCUUUGAUGACACCAGCAUCGAUCUUUCUCCGGUGCCUCUGGCCGUGUUUGGAUGGCGAGCACCGCCGAAGGCGCAUCGAUUCGCUCUGAGAACUCGCAUUUGAUGGUGAUGAGCAUGUCCACAUUUGAGCGAUGGUGAAACGGACGUGGUAACCACGAUCAAUCCGGGCAAGCCACACGAGUGGCGUGGGAUCGAAGGGAUUCAACCAGGCUGCACAGCUCACGGUGCCUGAUCCCAGUCGACAACCACAGCAGAAACAACCACAGCAUUGCUUUCCCCCGCUGACCGGAUCUGAUGAACCUACUGGCGUCUCAGACGCCC